CUCUCACUAGAUCUCCUUGUCUCCCUCCACAAUCCAUAUGUUGAGCACCAAAACUGCACAAUGCGAAUCCAUCAUCAGCAACAAAGACAACAGCAAUCAAACAACAUAGAUUACACACAUACACACAACAAAUAGUUAAUGCACAAAUCAAUGAGCUGCCAUGAACAAUCAACGCAAGCAACAAAAAGGUCUAAUCCUUCACUUGUCUCCACUCCCCUCCUCUUCUCCCUUAUAAAUUGUAGUGCUCUUGCUCGUCACCGAUCGGUCGAUCUCAUCCUCACUCCAAGCUGAGCUCGAUCGACUGCUUCCAUGGCGAGGAAACGCAAGGCCUCCGACUCCGUCGACAUCGAAGUGGGCAACGACGUGCUCAACUCACCACCACUGUUACCGUCGACGGGCGCGUGUGCAUGGGCGUCGGUGGUGGCCGCGGCGGCGCAGCAGCAGCAGCGGGGGAGGAAGCGGUUCGUCGGCGUGCGGCAGCGGCCGUCAGGGCGGUGGGUGGCGGAGAUCAAGGACACCAUCCAGAAGAUCCGCGUGUGGCUCGGCACCUUCGACACCGCCGAGGAGGCCGCCCGCGCCUACGACGAGGCGGCGUGCCUCCUCCGCGGCUCCAACACGCGCACCAACUUCUGGCCACGCCCUUCGCCGGCCGCCGCCGCCGCCGCGCUUCCCGUGCAACCGCCUCCGCCGCCGGCGGUGGCGUCGUCUCCGGCGCCGGCUCUGCCGCCCAAGGUCACCAACCUCCUGCUGCUGCGGCUCAGGGCGCGCAACCAGCAGCUCUUCAGCGCCACCGCGGCGCAGCAGGAGGCCGCUCUGCUGCAGAGGCCGCUGUGCGAGGGGACGAACGGCGGCGGCGACGGCGAAGAGUGCGCCUUCCAGGUCGACGACUUCUUGAGCUACGACUGCGGCAGCAGCGACGGCACCAGCUCGCAGGAGAUGGAGGACGAGGACGAGGAGGAGGAAGAAGAAGAACUGGACUUCCAGUUCAUGGACCAGCAGCACGCCGCGUCGCCCACUGCGGGGUGCGAGGGCGGGCUCUGCUCGCCGUUCGACGUGGUGGCGGCGGAGCUCGGCGGCGCGGUGGAAGCCGACGACGGCGAGCCCGAAUCGGCCGUGCAGGAGCUGAUGAGGAAGAGGAUGGACUACGAGAGGAAGAUCUCGGCGUCGCUCUACGCGCUCAGCGGCGUCUCGGAGUGCCUCAGGAUGCGUCACGGAGGCGCCGCCGCCGCCGCCGGCGUGCGAGAUCAGCUCACCGGACUGAGGGAGGCGUGCCGGAAGAAGCAGCGAGAUGAAGUCCAACAGCAGCAUCAGGAGCAAGCGCCAUCGCCGGAAGCAGCAGAGGAUGGCAAUGGCAAGGCAGCGCAAGAUGAGUGUUCUGCCGGCAGCGGCGCCCCGGAGGCCACCACAAGCUCGUCGUCGUCUGAGGCGAGCGACGGCGAUGGCGAUAGCGACGUGUUGCUGUGGAGCUCCCUGGACUUGGCUCCCAUCUGCUGAAUUGCAUGGCUUUAUCACAGUAGAGAUUGUGUGGUAUUUUUGUUACAUGCAUGGCUGAUCAGUGAUCACUAAGAUCAGAAGCCCUGGUGAUAACUUGCUUACCAAUUUGUUUUGUUCAACAAAUAAGUUCAUCAGUUGUGUGAGAAAGAAAGAAACAACUAUAUGGAAGCAUAGAAAGAACUAUAUUUGAGAUGUAAA